AUGACUCCCGAAGAAACAACAACUGCCCUAAACCCACAACAAGUCGUUUAUCAAGAUCUUCCAAAAAAGCACAAGUUUAAGGGAGAAACGAAACAACAAUUGUCGAAUAAUAAUAACCAUCUUUCAGGUACUUCUAUGAUUGGUAAUCCCAUGUCAGCAACAACAACCUUUGAUUCCCAAAUUGGAAAUGCAACUCAAGCCUCCUCUACUGCAACCAUCAAACCUGAAGAUAUCAACACCAUGGUUGAUGAAUUAGAUUACCUGAUUGGAAAUGCAGCUUCUUCAGGUGCAAGCUCAACUCCUCAACAGCAAACGUCGACUGCCUCAAGAGGAGGAACAGUUUCAUUUCUGUCUUCUGAGGAAGAGGAAGAAGCUGCCAUGCAACUUGGAAAUCAAAUUGGACAUGCUUCUCAAAUUUCAACACCUGCAAGCUUGAUAUCUUCAUCUGCAAGUAACAGUGAUGAUUUGUAUUUGGUUAUGAAUACUCUCAAAUCAGAUUAUGACAAUGAUUCACUCAAAUAUGAAUAUGAUUACUUUCCAAAAGAUAUUGUCAAUAACUUUCAAUUGACGUUACAAAGAAUGCCAUUCAAGACCAUUCAACACAUUGCUGCUAAGAAUAAUUUGACGAAUACAGAUCCUGUCUUGAAGAAGGGCAAAACUCUCACGGAUGAACAUCGAAAGGAGUUUUUAAUAUUUGAACUUGGAAAGAAGGCAGUGAGUGUCAGUGUGAAACAUUUUCUAACUGAACUCGAUCGAGAAGAUAUGAGAACGGCAUUGAAGGAUUUACUUCAUUAUGAUGGAGCUAUUCGUGAGUUGGAAAAAGCAUCUCAUAAGGAAAUUGAUCCUGACUUUGCUCUAACAGCUAAAACUGUUCACACAUUGAAAAAAUCAGGUUUGAGAGCAAACUUUAAAUUACUUUUCGAAAAAUUGAAUGCUGAGACUUUACUGGAUAAUCUUCAAGAUUCCACACUCAUACUCUUUUUACAGGCAUUGGAAAUUGAAGAAUUUGAUACGACACAUUCCAACUUGGUGGAUGCCAUUCUCGAAGAGAUAUUUCUCUAUGGUGCUAAGGAAGUUUUAUGCAAAUGUAAAAAGAGUGUUCUCAAAGAAGCAGCAGAAGCUUCAAAAUAUGAUCAAAAGAAACAGGUAUUUGAUGCUUCUCCAACUAAGGAAAUGCUCGCUGAGGUCAUUCUUGUGGAUGAAUAUCCUCACGUGGCUGAAGAUUUAAUAGUGAGAUUGAAAAAGAAGAAACCACACUUUUUUGAACACUCCAAGAAACCACACUUGUUUGAACACUCAAAGAAAGCUGCAGCCAUGACGGAUGUUACUUCUGAUGAUGAGUAUGGAAGUCCUUCACCAUCCUUUAGCUCUCCAAUUGGUUCUUCCUAUGAUGGAGAUUUGAGUUCUCCAAAUUCUAAGAGUUACAAAAAGAGAGGAAGAAAGAGAGUAAUCAACACUGAAGGUGAGAGACCUCAAAUUGAAAAAGGAAUUUCCUUUGAAGAUCUAAGAGACAAGUAUUUGGUUCAAGAAUUAAUUGCCUUUUGUCAAUCGAAGGGCAUUAAAUAUGUGGGUGUGAAAAAGAAUGAUCUCUGUAACAGUAUUCUCAAAUAUUUGAAUGGUGAAAUUGUUGUCUCUGGUCAAAAGAGAGGUAGAGGAAGACCUCCAAAGAAGAGAAAACAACAAGAAUCUGUUGGUUCCAGUAGUGAUGUUCCACAUGGAACUGAAUCGAAUGAAGCUGGAGCUCACGAAGAGGAUGACGACGCCAUGAUGGUAGGUGCUGGCUCUGAGCAGCUCGUUCAGGGAGGAGAAGCAUCUAUGGAACAUGAAGAUGAUGAAGAAGGUGUUGAUCAUGAAUAA